AUGAAAAUCAAUAGAAGCUGCUCAAAGAGAAAGGCGCGAUCAACGGGAAAGGAGGAUGAACGGACCGAUAUCUAUUCGAUGGAUGAUCUCGUACAUCAGAGGCUCCGAGUGAUUGAUCAGCCAGUGCGUGCUUUCCAGUUCCAGGAAUCGGAAGUGAGGCAGUCUGCAGCUCCAGUCGAAGUAUGUGUGGAUAAGAAUGUAUUCGCUGGAGCAUACGCUGCACUUGCAACAGCAUAUCUCGCCACAUUAGCGAUAGCCAGCGGUUUCGGAUUGUCUGUCUGCCGAUCUCAAUAUAAGACAUAA